UCUACCAUCCCCUGAGGGGGAAGUCAUUUCGCUGUAUUUUUUCUACUACUACUCAUUAGUUUAUUAAACGGUGUAUUCGUUUGACAAAAUAAGUCAUAACAGAGAAAAGACUUUUAACAGAGUGGCACAACUGAGAGAAGACAAGAGAACUGAUCCGCUGAGAGUGUUUCCUCCUGCGGGAACCCACGGCACCGGGCGUUCAGGAAGUAUUCGCGGAGCGGAGAAGUGGCGCAGAAACGCCUGGUUUUUUUCCUAGUCGCUUCAUCUCCAACUUUUAUCCCCGAGUUUUGCAAUGAGUCGAAUAUACGACAACACGGCGCUGCAGAACAAAGCAGUUAAUAAUGAAAAGAUAGGCCGCCCGUGGAACCCGUGUUCGUAUCAGAGCGGUCUCGGUGUUAUUCUGGAAGGAAAACUGGUGGAUGUAUCUCGACACGUUGUUACCGAUACGAACAACCACAAGGAUCGCUACUAUGUCCUGUACGUCAAAUCCAGUCGAGUCCAUCGAAGGAAAUUCGACUCCAAGGGCAACGAGGUUGAGCCGAACUUCAGCGAAACGAGGAAGGUGAACACAGGGUACCUCAUGUCUUCUUUCAAGGUCGAAGCGAAGGGGGAGACAGACCGGCUUUCUGUGGAUGAGCUGAGAGCUCUGGUCAAUAAGGAAGAGCUGCUGAGGAUUACAGACAAGCAUGCACCCCCUGACACCCUGGCCUUCUGGCUCCCAGAGGUGGAAAUGGAGAAGACUGAGUUAGAGACUGGCCAGGACAUUCGUCUGAAGACCAAAGGGGAUGGACCGUUCAUUUUUUCCUUAGCCAAGAUAGAUGGAGGCACAGUGACCAAGUGCAACUUUGCUGGAGACGAGCAUACUGGAGCAUCUUGGACUGACAAGAUAAUGGCAAACAAAGUAGUGGAAGGGGAUGCAGCUAAAACAGACAGACCUGGUGAAGGAGCAGAAGAUGACGAAUGGGAUGACUGAGGCUGAGAACAUAUUUUGCUUCCUACUUGGACUGACUAUGCCAAAUGUUAGCUGCUUCAGCACUGUGCCGCUUGUAGCAAAACUUACAGCACCACAGUUUUGUGCCUGUAUUAUUAUUCUCAGAUAGUUGUUCUGCCUACCAUGUCUCAGUAAAAUAUUUUUUCAUGACCUUACAGUGAAUGUGUUUUAAUCUGAAUAUGGCUCUGAACCACGAGUUCAAAGCACAGAGCAGCAAGAUCUUAGAGUCAUGAGUUGCUGGCUGGAUCAUUGACCACGUGACAUCUCUAAGGUCAAGUUUUGGCCGUUACGUUUAUACGCACGCGUUGGCAGAAGCUGCUCGUCCCAAGCGGGGUCGCGGUGAACCAGAGCCUAACCUGGCAACACAGGGUGCAAA